CACACGUGACCUGCGUGCAUAAGCUCGGCCACGACCAACCGUUCAUACCUAUUGUUACAUUUUCUUUCGGCCAUCAUACGAUGAUGGAAGACGAGGCGCUUUAUGAUGAAAUGGAGGGUCAUGAUAUCAAAGAGCCAGAACAGCUAAGAAAGCUCUUCAUUGGUGGCCUGAGUUUUGAAACAACAGAUGAGAGUUUGAGGGCACACUUUGAACAAUGGGGGAAGUUGACAGACUGUGUGGUGAUGAGAGACCCACAGACCAAACGCUCCAGGGGCUUUGGCUUUGUGACCUAUUCCUGUGUGCAAGAAGUGGAUGCUGCGAUGACUGCUCGUCCCCAUAAAGUUGAUGGUCGGGUUGUUGAACCCAAAAGAGCUGUAUCUCGAGAGGAUUCAUCAAAGCCUGGUGCUCAUUUAACAGUAAAAAAGAUAUUUGUGGGUGGAAUCAAAGAAGACACUGAAGAAUAUCACUUGCGCGAAUACUUUGAAAAAUAUGGAAAGAUAGAAAGCAUUGAGGUGAUGGAAGAGCGCCAGUCUGGGAAGAAGAGAGGUUUUGGAUUUGUCACAUUUGAUGAUCAUGACACUGUUGACAAAAUAGUUGCCCAAAAGUAUCAUACUAUAAACUCUCAUAACUGUGAAGUCCGGAAAGCCCUUUCAAAGCAAGAAAUGCAGGCGGCCUCAAGUCAGAGAAGUCGUGGUGGUGGUUCUGGUAACUUCAUGGGUCGAGGAGGAAACUUUGGAAGUGGUGGGAGCAGUAAUUUUGGCCGGGGUGGAAACUUUUCAGGCAGGGGUGGUUAUGGUGGAGGAAGAGGUGGCUAUGGAGGAGAUGGUGGUGGAUACAAUGGAUUUGGCGGGGAUGGUGGAAAUUAUGGUGGCGGCCCAGGUUAUGGUGGUGGCCGUGGAGGCUAUAGUGGUGGUGGUGGUGGAGGCGGAGGCGGCGGCCCCGGUUAUGGCAACCAAGGUGGCGGAUUUGGAGGAUAUGACAACUAUGAGGGGGGCAACUUUGGAGGCAAUUUUGGUGGUGGAGGAGGGAACUACAAUGACUUUGGCAAUUAUGGGGGCCAGCAGUCCAAUUACGGACCUAUGAAAGGAAGCAACUUUGGUGGUAGAAGUUCAGGUGGGCCCUAUGGUGGUGGCUAUGGAUCUAGCAGUGGAAGCGGUGGUGGAGGUGGAUAUGGCACACGAAGAUACUAAUUUAAUGUAGAUAUUGGCUACAGUUCUUAGCAGGAGAGGAGAUGAGCAAGGAGUUGUCAGGAAAGCUGCAGGUUACUUUGAGGCAGUCGUCCAAGUGCAUUAGAGGAACUGUAAAGGUCUGCCACAGAAGGAGCGAGGAUCCAUAGUCAGAAAAGUUAAACUGCAGCUUAAACAGGAGAACUUUCUUGUUGAGGACUGUAUCCACUAGCUACAGAGUGCAAAAAGUGUAGCUACUGAUAAAUGAUAUAGUGUCUCUUAGAUGUACAUUCCUGAGGUUUUAUUUGUUGCUAGAUUUUUUUUCCCAUUUUGCAAGUAUAAUGCCCAUGUAAACUGUGGUAGUGUUAUCAGGAAUAAACACAUUUUUUUUUAACUGCUGUAGUUAGUUUUUUGCAUUGAGUCUACAUUUUUUUUUUUCCUGAGCUAAAGAAUACUAGUGGUUAGUGGUGGUGGUGGUUCUUGCUGUUUUGUUUCUGUGACAUUCUAAAAUCUAGUGGAAAGUGUUUUUUUUUUUUUUGUUUUUUUAUUUGAUGAGCAGCAAGUUUUCACAGAAAAAGAAUGAUAAAACUUGAAAUUGUAAAGUAAGUCAGUUGAAGUGUGCUGUUUAAAAGAAAAAUGUUCUAAUAAUGACAUCUCCACAUCAAUAGAAAAAUACCCUAAGGAAAAGUGCAGAUGGACUUGGAUUGUAAAUUGUAAGGAAAAUAAGAAAUAUUGUUUCCAGCUCUUAAUGUACUUCCUUAGCCAUUCCUUAGAUUGUCAAACACUAUUAUGAAGUGCACAGUAAUAGUCUAUUGUUUAUCUUUGGUCUAGAAAGAAACAAGCUUUAAGUUAAUGUGAUCUCUGUAUAUUCAAUGUUUUCUAUGCAUUUUAAGGCUAGCUCUGGCGAAUAAACGUCUCUGGAAUGCUUCA